CUCUCUGUGGGCCGCGGUAUCAUUCUUCUACAAGAUGAAAGGCAACUGGCUACUUGCUUUGGUGGUGCCCACGGCGUGUGUCCUGUUUGCUAGCCAUGUGGACACAGCGAACGUGUUGGCUCUUUUCCCCCUGCCAGCAAGAAGCCACUGGUUUUCCCUCAAACCACUCCUCACUGGGCUGUCCCAAAGAGGUCACAACAUCACACUGCUGAUAACCGAGUUGGAGGAAGAUAUACCUGAAAACUGGGACGUUUUCAGAAUUCCGCCGGUACUUCCAACGAUCUUAAUAACCCAAAAUACGAUGGUACUAAGAUCGAUGAGAGGCAAAAAGCUAUAUGACAUGUUGCUGGACAUGGGCAUCGAAAUGUGUGAAAAACUUUUAAGGCAGGAAGCUGUUCAAAAACUGAUGAAUAUUAAAGACAAAAAGUUCGACCUGCUUGUCAUGGAAUACUUCUUCAUGAACGACUGCUUCUUAGGAUUCUCACACAAAUUCAAUGUGCCCGUUGUCGCCUUGUCUUCUGUUGGAGCGUUUCACUGGGUAACAGAUGCAGUUGGCGAGCUAAGCACGCCAUCAUACAUUCCUGAUAUUUUUAGCGACUAUACAGACCACAUGACUUUCUGGCAGCGUUUAGAAAACACCGUGGCUGUGACGUACGCAAGGUACGCUUAUAAUUAUCACUUCUUACCGAAAAUGGAUGAAAUAGUCAAAGAGAAUUUCAAAGAUCCUGCGAUGCCUCGGCUGUCAGCUCUGAGAGCCAACACCUCACUGAUGAUUGUUCAGAGCCACGUGAGCUUCAGUUAUCCCCGACCUCACUUACCCAAUGUGAUUGAGACCGGCGGAAUGCACAUCCAGCAACCAAAGGCACUACCACAGGACUUGAAGAAGCUAAUGGACAACGCAAAAGAUGGAGUAAUAUUCUUCAGCAUGGGAUCUCUCGUAAAGAGUGCGGAUUUUCCACAGGAGAGUAUUCAAGCUUUCCUCACAGUCUUCUCUAAACUGAAGCAACUGGUCCUGUGGAAAUGGGAGAACGACACCAUACCUGGAAAGCCAGAAAAUGUGCAUCUGGGCAAAUGGUUUCCACAGUCUGACUUGCUAGCUCACAAAAACGUACAGCUCUUCAUCUCCCACGGAGGACUGCAGAGCAGUUUGGAAGCGACCGCUCGGGGUGUCCCCGUUAUCGGAAUACCAGUUGGACCUGAACAGAGCUAUAAUGCCCGCAGAAUCGCCAACUUCGGAUACGGCAUCGUACUAGAUCUGCAAAACUUGACUGCCCAGUCCGUGGAGUGGGCUAUUUAUGAAGUUUUGAACAACCCAGUCUACCGCGAGAACGCUAAGCUGCGGUCCCGCCUGUUCUGGGACCGUCCAGAGAGCCCUGUGGACACGGCCGUCUACUGGACAGAGUACGUGCUGAGGCACCGGGGAGCCCCCCACCUGCGCAGCGCCGCCCUCGACCUCAGCUGGUACCAGUACCUCCUGCUGGACGUCGCUGCCCUGCUACUGUCUGGAGCGCUCCUACUGCUUAUAAUCGCUGUCGUGGCAGUCAAGACAUUGUACAGGCUAAUCACUGCAAGAACUUCUGCCCCACACGAACAGAAGAAAAAGAAAACAACGAAGAAGGAAUGA